GUCAUGUUCUGCACAAAAACCACCAUGACAUCUCCGAUCUUCUUCUCCGCACCGCUACCACUCCGCCACCACCAUCACCGCCUCACCAUCUCCACCCCAAAUCCACCUUCUCAUAUAUCCACUCGUUGCUCAAUCAAUUUUCAAAGAAACAAAGCCUUCUCCGAUUCCACCACAAUCAUAGACAAUCCCUCCACAUCGUUGUACUCAGAAGAGGAUGAUAAAGCGGCGGUGGAGGCUGAGGAGUCCAAUAUUGGGGCUAGGGUUAGGGUUAAGGUGCCAUUAAAAGUUUAUCAUGUCCCCAAAGUGCCUGAAUUUGAGCGGACUGGAAUGGUAGGGUUGUUGAAGCAAUACGUUGGGGUUUGGAAGGGCAAGCGGAUUUCGGCGAAUUUGCCUUAUAAAGUUGAGUUCGUGACUGAAAUCGAAGGGCGUAGUGGACCGGUCAAAUUCUCAGCGCAUCUGAAAGAAGAUGAGUUCGAGUUUCUUUGACUGAUUAACUUUCUGAAUUUAUCUCGCUGUUAAUUUGUUGCUUGUGUUGAUAUAUAUCUGCAUUUGAAUUAUGUUGAUUUUGUUUUGUAAAACGAUAGAAAUUGUAGAUAAUUUCGCUCAUGUGUUAUUUUAGUAAAUAGUUUUGGUCUUGAAGAUGUUUUAUAGAAUCAAUUUUUAUUGAAAUGAGAUGGUAGGAUAGUACAUUGUAUUGUGGAGAGGGAUAUAUUGAAAAGGGUUAGUUAUAAUUUGCCCCUUCCAAUGAUGCCCCUUAUUGUAAUCUGGUUUUCAAUGCUGCAAUUUGCCUCCUCCGAGUUGCAAGUGGACAAAAUUGACUAAUAGGAGUGGCUGAACUGAAACACGAAAGUAUCGUUACACUCUCCAGCUUGUAAUUAUUUUUCAUGAGAUACUAAUUUUACCCCCU